CGGGGGGCGCGGGGCCGUCCGGCGGGGCCGUGCCGGUGUGAGCCCCGCCUGUGCCCGCAGAGCUCGCGGCACUCCAAGCUGGAGAAGGCCGACAUCCUGGAGAUGACCGUCAAGCACCUGCGGAGCCUGCAGCGGGCGCAGAUGACCGCUGCGCUGAGCACGGACCCUACAGUGCUGGGCAAGUACCGCGCCGGCUUCAGCGAGUGCAUGAACGAAGUGACACGGUUUCUCUCCACCUGCGAAGGUGUCAACACUGAGGUGCGCACCCGGCUCCUGGGCCAUCUGGCCAGCUGCAUGACCCAGAUCAACGCCAUCAACUACCCUGUGCCACCCCCGCCGCUGCCACCGCCACCCACAGCCUUUGGGCCGCCCCUGGUGCCGCCGGGCGGAGGUGCGGGGCCACUCCCAGCUGUACCCUGCAAGCCAGGUGCUGAUGCAGCCAAGGUGUACGGUGGCUUCCAGCUGCUGCCUGCCUCUGAUGGGCAGUUCGCCUUCCUCAUCCCCAGCGCUGCCUUCGCUCCCGGUGGGGCUGUGCUGCCCCUCUAUGGUGGCCCCCCCACGGCUGCCACCGCCGCCUCGCCCCCCGGCCCCUCACCUGGCACCGCUGACUCAGUCUGGAGGCCCUGGUGAGGGCGGCAGGCAUCGGACUGGACUGAGCACCGCGCCCCGUGCUGCUGGCACGGCUGUACAUAGGUUAUACGUUCAUAUUGGAUUGUGCCUUUGUACCAUAGCACUCCCUCCGACAGUGUUUCGUGUUUUACACGAGAUCUUUUUUCUCCCUUCCUUCCCCUUCCUUAUGUGACACCAAAGAUCGGGAUUUUUUUUUUUUUUGAAUGCUCUUAAAAUAAAAGAGUCUCUU